AUGGCCGAGGAAGGAACCCAGCCCGAGGUGAAGGCCGAGGACGGUCCUAACGCGCCGAUCAACAUCAAGGUUGUGUCAUCGACCGGCGAGGAGAUAUAUUUCAAGAUCAAGAGGAGUACGAAGCUGAGCAAGCUCCAAGGAGCUUACGCAAACAAAGUCGGAAAGGACGUCGCCAGCAUUCGGUUCUUGUACGACGGCAACCGUAUAAACGACGACGAUACGCCAUCCUCCCUCGACAUGGAGGAUAACGACACCAUCGAUGUCAUGGUAGAGCAGGUCGGUGGCUCACCAAUUUGGUGA